CCCGGAGGCAGCGGCGGUUGCGCAUGCGCGGCCCUCCCGCCCGCCUGCCUUCCGGCCGCCAUCUCGCUCCCCGCCGCGUGCUGUUCCCGGCUCCGCCCGCGGCCCGCUCUGUGCCCUGCGCCCGGCUCCGGCAGCGCCGCGCCCGCCCCGGGAAGAUGAAAGAAACGAUCAUGAACCAGGAGAAGCUCGCCAAGCUGCAGGCCCAAGUGCGCAUCGGAGGCAAGGGUACUGCCCGCAGAAAGAAGAAGGUUGUCCACAGAACAGCCACAGCAGAUGAAAAACUUCAGUUUUCUUUGAAGAAAUUGGGAGUGAACAAUAUUUCUGGUAUUGAAGAGGUAAAUAUGUUUACCAACCAAGGAACAGUCAUUCACUUCAAUAACCCUAAAGUCCAGGCAUCUCUGGCUGCUAACACUUUCACUAUCACCGGCCAUGCUGAGACAAAGCAGCUGACAGAAAUGCUUCCUAGCAUCUUAAAUCAGCUCGGAGCUGACAGUCUGACCAGCCUGAGGAGAUUGGCAGAAGCCUUGCCCAAGCAACCUGUGGAUGGAAAAGCACCACUUGCUACUGGUGAAGAUGACGAUGAUGAAGUUCCAGAUCUUGUUGAAAACUUCGAUGAAGCAUCAAAGAACGAGGCAAACUGAACUAACUGUCACUUUCUGAAUAAAGUUAAAACUUGAAGAAGCUACAUGGAGCUGCUAUUUUAUAUUUUGACUGCUUUUGUUUGACUUCAUUUUCUGAUGAUCUCAAGAUCUGUAAUAUUUGGAAACUCCUUGAACCUGCAGCUCCUUCUAGUUAUUGCUUGUACACAAUAUUACUUUUGUGGCCCGGUUGAACAAACCUAUGCUUUGAAAUAAGAUUGCUAAUGAAUCUCUGCCUAGACACAUUUUUGAGUAACUUGUAUACAAGCAAAACCUCAUCUUUAAUGAACUUUGGCAUACAAUAAAAAAAUACGUAAUAAA